CCCUCUAUCUGAAGAAGUGCUUAUAUACGUAUGAUUAAUCAUACACAAACAUUCCAAAUUUUAAAAAUCAGUGGAAGUCAUCGUCCUCUAUAUUUGGAAGUAGAAAAAACCAGGUGAAGCGUGGAAUUUUCUGAUCAAAUAUUAAGUUAUGAUUUGGAAUGAAGCAGAACCCAAUGAUUAUCAUCAAAUUUCCCAUCAUAAAAAAAAAGACAUAGUUCCAAUUCCAAAUGCCUUUCUUCGUUUUCCUCUUUCUUGUGUUAGUCUCUGUCUCUCCCAAUCUCACUUUCUCCAUUGUUGCGGACCAUGCGACCCCAACUAGAAAACUGGGUUCUUCUUCUUCUUCUUCUUCUCUUUGUCCCUUGGACAUCGAUGGGUUUCGCAAAAUCAUCCAUGAAAGCAAUUUACGCCUCGUGUUUCUUGACGUCCAAACAGAGUGCCACUACAUGUUUCAAGCAAUUCGCUUGCUUCACUCCCAAUACCUCCAAACCACAGGCUACUUCUUCCCACCUCCGGCUGCUUCAGAUGCCUGCUGGGUUGCUUAUGAGGGUUUGGUCGAUGAAUUGUUACCCGGGUUCAGAGUCCGAUCCACCUGUGGAUUCAAGGACAGUUUGAUGUGGGAGAGUUGCUUGAAUAUCACAACGCGGUCGCAGUUCGAAAAACUUAUCUCUCAAUCCGACUUGCAGAAGAUUUGGAGCUCUUGCAAUCAGUCUUUGAGCAACAGCUCGUCUUGUUCAUCGUGUCUAGACAGUUUGUCAACUGUAAGUGAGUCUUACUUCAGAGGUGUUAAUGAUGGCAAUGCAUCUGACUGUACUGGGUAUCCAUCUAUAUACGCUGCAGCUGUUGCCAAUCCCUACGGACCGACUAAUUUCGACACCGCCAAGUGUUUGUUUUCCAUAGAUUUGCUCCCAACUCAUAAGAAGAAGAAGAAGCACGUAGUUUUUAGGGCUGUGGUAACAGGUAGUGUCUGUGGCUUCAUUGGGGCAAUUGGGGUGGUAUGGAUUUUCUGGAGAAGGCACAGAAAGAUGAAGAAGAAGAAUAUGGUUGAAAAUGAGAUGGGUUUUACUCCAAAGAGGGACUUUAUUGGUGGAAAUACAAAACUUUUCAAGCUGACAUUUCAGGAAAUUAAGAAAAGUACUAAUAAUUUCUCAAGGGAAAAUAUAAUUGGAAUGGGAGGAUAUGGGAAUGUGUACAGAGGGAUAUUACCAGAUGGGUCUGAAGUCGCAUUUAAAAGGUUCAAGAACUGCUCCGUUGCAGCUGAUAAAACUUUUGCACAUGAAGUGGAGGUUAUUGCCAGCAUUAGGCAUGUGAAUCUUGUGGCGUUGAGAGGAUAUUGUACCGAAACUGUCCCUUUGGAAGGCCACCAGAGGAUAAUUGUUUGUGACUUGGUACACAAUAGAAGUCUCUAUGAUCAUCUUUUUGGAUCAGGGGCAGAGAAAAAGAAGCUUAGUUGGCCUACUCGUCAAAAGAUUGCACUUGGUGUGGCACGUGGAUUGGCUUAUUUACACUAUGGGGUGCAACCUGGUAUCAUUCACAGAGAUGUUAAACCAAGCAAUAUACUUUUGGAUGAGACUUUUGAGCCGAAACUGGUCGAUUUCGGCCUUGCAAAGUUUGCUCCUGAGGGGUAUUCACAUUUGAGCACCGGGGUUGCUGGGACAUUGGGCUAUGUUGCACCAGAAUAUGCUCUAUAUGGACAAUUAUCUGAGAGAAGUGAUGUGUACAGUUUUGGGGUUGUUCUUCUUGAGCUUUUGAGCGGGAAAAAAGCAGUGAUCGAAUUCGACGGUGUGAAUACUUUGCUGUUGACAGAUUGGGCUUGGUCACUAGUAAAACAAGGUAGAGUGUUGGAUAUCAUUGAUGAAGGCAUGCCUGAAUUAGGCCUUCAAGAUGAAAUGGAGAAAUAUGUUUUGGCUGCACUUGUUUCUUCUCAUCCUAUAGUACAAGCUAGGCCAACAAUGGACCAGAUUGUGAAUAUACUCGAAGCAAAUUUUCCGGUUCCUCCGAUCCCAGAUCGACCAUUAUCUCUUGUAGAAAGUAUUGCUGACACAGAGCAGUCAAUAGGGUUUAAUAAUUUAAAUUACUUUCCUAGCCCUGAAACAUUUAUUUGUAACAGUGACCAUCCCAUUCUAGAUCAAUAUGGGAACGGAAGACGUUUGAAAUAAGACUUGUUGAUUUUCCCCUGCCUCUGCUAAACUUUGUUUCUUGUUGAUUUGGGUUUAGUUUCAUUCUAUACAAGAUAUUGAUGUAUAAAAAUUGAGACCUCAAUUCUUUUCGAACUAUAUCAUAGCAAUAGAACUUGAUAAUUC